GUGCACGCUUGCCGCUCGCCUCUGGCAGUGCGCUCUCGUCGUCGUCGCCGUCGCCGUCUCCGUCUCCGUAAAGCGUCUCGCGGACGAUCUUAGGCGUCGCGACGUCGGCGACAUUGUUAUUUCGCGUUUCUCCCCGCGUGUUGUCGCGUCUCUCUUCGUUGCACACGCGACAUCUCGUGUGUCUAUAUCUUUUUUUUUCUCUCCUUCGUUUUGCUAGCGUCGCGACAAGAGAAACUCAUCUCUCUCUCUGUCGUGCACGCGGGAGAAAAUAGUGUCGUGAGGAUCUCUGGAAUGGCAAUCGGACGACGAAGAGGUGACGUCCUUUCCUCCACGGCGCAUCGCGAAUAGUGCAAUCCCAAGUGCGACAUCACGCGCGCCUUUGUUCGUCGCGCCGCGCGGCUAGAUCAGCAACCCGCGAGAAUUUAUUCCGCACUGGACACCCGCGUGGGGAAUAUUUAUAUCUCCCUCGCGCGGGGAUGCUGCGAAUUCUUCCGAAUACCCCGAGGAAAUGCGCCGGCCUGCUUUUCGUCGUUCUCGCGAUUUGCAAUCUCUCGCCGUUCGGUAGACAGAGCCAGUCAGUCAAUGUUUUAUGUAUGAGAUAAACGAAACUCGCUCCGAAACAAGUUUACAAUCGUUGCCAAAGUCGCUUAUUUAUCGGAAUGCAAGCGUGUGUUUGUUUAUAAUAGAAGAAGGCAUGCAUUCGGGAAUGCACUAUCAGGUGCCGGCGGAUAGAAAGCGGAUAUUCCCUGGAUAGUCCGUGAAGUGGAUAGACGGUUGUGUGAUUGAGAUUCUCCUCGUCCCCCGUGAGAAGGGAGGAUCGCACGGCGAAUGCAAAAAUCAUGUUGCGCCGCGACGCCACGAGACCGUUUUUCGCGCGGCGGACUGCCGCACUGUGCCGAUAGUGAACUUCCUUCCUGGGCCGAUCGUUGUUCCGUGGAUCGCACGCUGGCAUGCAGAGUAAAAUGCAAACGUUCAGCGGGCUCGCCUUCGGGAACGUGUUCAAGAAAAAGGCAAACAAGGUGACCGGGGGACCUCCGGUGGGCAACGCACCGCCUCCGCCUACACUUAUCAACAAAAUCAAGUAUCAACCCGGUGGACCCGUAAUAAAGAAGGAUAAACGGCAGAGCAGCUCCAGGUUCAAUAUAUCGAAAAAUCGGGAACUGCAGAAAUUGCCGCUGUUGUCCGAAACACAACAAGGGAACGAGCGGGAGGAACUUUUUAUACAGAAGCUACGACAAUGCUGCGUCCUCUUCGACUUCGAGUCCGAUCCAUUGUCGGAUUUGAAAUGGAAGGAGGUAAAGCGCACUGCCCUCCACGAGAUGGUCGAGUAUGUAACCAAAAACAAAAAUGUUAUUACCGAAGCGAUAUAUCCCGAGGCGGUGAAUAUGUUCGCUGUGAAUUUGUUUCGAACAUUACCACCAUCAUCAAACCCUAACGGAGCGGAAUUCGAUCCGGAGGAGGAUGAGCCGACGUUGGAGGCGGCUUGGCCGCACUUGCAGUUGGUCUACGAGUUCUUUUUACGAUUGCUGGAGUCGCAGGACUUCCAGCCGUCCAUAGCAAGGCGCUAUAUAGAUCAAAAAUUCGUGCUGCAAUUGUUGGAACUGUUCGACUCGGAGGACCCGAGAGAAAGGGAUUUUCUUAAGACAACGCUUCAUAGGAUUUAUGGAAAAUUCCUAGGGCUCAGGGCAUACAUUAGGAAACAGAUUAAUAAUGUUUUCUACCGAUUUAUAUAUGAGACGGAGCAUCACAACGGUAUCGCGGAACUGCUGGAAAUCUUAGGAAGUAUUAUAAAUGGCUUCGCUCUGCCACUAAAAGAAGAGCACAAGGUGUUUUUGUUGAAAGUCCUGUUACCCCUGCAUAAAGCUAAGUCAUUAUCCGUAUACCAUCCGCAACUGGCGUACUGUGUCGUCCAAUUUUUGGAGAAGGAUCCGUCGUUGACGGAGCCCGUGAUUAGAAACCUGCUGAAAUUCUGGCCGAAAACACAUUCCCCCAAAGAAGUUAUGUUUUUGAACGAACUGGAAGAGAUCCUAGACGUUAUCGAGCCAGCUGAAUUCCAAAAGGUUAUGGAUCCGUUGUUUAGACAGCUAGCCAAAUGCGUGUCGUCGCCGCAUUUCCAGGUGGCGGAAAGAGCUCUCUAUUAUUGGAAUAACGAAUACAUAAUGUCAUUGAUAUCGGACAAUUAUGCCGUCAUCCUACCGAUAAUGUAUCCAGCUUUUUAUAGAAACUCCCGAAACCACUGGAACAAGACAAUCCAUGGUUUAAUUUACAACGCUCUGAAACUCUUCAUGGAGAUGAAUCAAAAAGUAUUUGAUGAGUGCACAACACAGUACUAUCAGUUGGAAAUAUUUCGAUCCAAAACUUUGCAGGAGCGUCAAAGAGAACGAAAGCUCAUGAAAGAUCGGGAUGAAGCAUGGAUGCGCGUGGAAGCGCUUGCAAUGAGACAUCCAAAUUAUAACAUGGCAAUUAAAGGUACAACGAAUAAUACAUCGUACAUGUCAGCACAACAUAUAGAUAACUCACCUCCCGACGAAGAUGGCGACACGGAUCAAACUCCGCUUACUUUGGAGAAGAUCGAAGCUAAGGCCAAUGAGGCGAAGAAAAUGACAAAUGUAAACAAAGUGAAACCGCUUUUACGAAGAAAGAGCGAUUUGCCACAGGACUCGUACACAAUGCGGGCAUUAUCCGACCACAAGCGUGCCGAUGAAUACCUUGUCACGCCGCCAGAUCCCAAUAAUUGCUAGUCUCUACCACAACCUCUUCCCAUGUAUCCUUUGUUUUGCUGUAGCAACAUUGGAAGUUAGCUUUCUUUCUGGGGGGGGAAACGGCGAUAAAGACGUAAACACGAUUUGAUUAAGAAUUCUGCUGUGCAAAAUUAAUAAUAUCGCAUUGUUGUUCCAACAUAUAUCACACUGUAUUUGUUUUCUUUAAUAGAAAGAAAGAGAAAACCCUACCCUUCCGUGCAUCGUGCGAUUCAAAGAGGCAGUGUAUAGGUACACGUAGGAGCUUACAAAACAGACUUCGUUAUAGAAAUGCGUUGUAUUUAUUUCUUCAUUCACGAGAGAAAGAAAAUUGCAGCUGAGGGUAAUUAUAAUAAUCACAUUGUUAUAUAAGAAGUGCAUACAGUAAGCGAAAAGGGCCCUAAAUACAUUACUCAUAGAAUCUCUACCACCGGUGGCACUUUGGGGUGCUACCUUCUGCUACGUCUCAACAAUAAGAUAAUACAUGGAUAAUGUAUGUAAACGACAUAAUUAAUGGAUACUGCAGUUGUAACGGGUUUGGUAUAUUCUACAAGAGAUUUUAUAUACAGAUGAGGAUAUAUGUGCGGGAAUGUGAUCGAAGAUUUAAACCAUACGCUCGAUGUUGUAACCUACACCUAUCGCGCUAUGCGAGCUUGUUGUGUUAACAAUUUUGCGAAUGACAUUUCAAUUUAUGUGCAAAUGAUAUAUACAUAUAUAAAUAUACGUACUUGCUUUAACACUACAGGCUCGUUGUAGUAAGAAGAUGAAAAAAAUAAUAUAAGUAAAAUGAUGAUGAAAAAGAAUACACGCCGGUGCGCGUUAUCUUUAGGAUGUAUAUGAUAGUGCUAUUUUAAAAAUAAUAGAUUGCUACGAGAAAAUCUGGAUACUUCUGAGUGUACUACUUUUGUAUCUGUUGUGCCUAGAUGCCUGUGGAAUGCAUUCACGAAAAAAAAAAAAUAUAUGCCUCCGCGCGGGGCCUAUGUAUUACGAACAGCAAGAUUAAGCAGCGAGUUUACAUGUCGCUUUGCCAAAUAUAAUCGAUAUUACAGUAUUUCAGUAAUGCUUGCAUAAAACAUGUUGCGUUGUUAACUCAUUGAUCUUGAGAUUAAUUGAAAGAUUAUACUGUUGCGGCCAAGAAAAUAGAAAGGAGGAGAAUAAAAGACAAGAGAAAGAAAGAUUGAGAUACAUUUAGUCCUUGCGCUGCUAACAGAUUGUUACGUUAAUAAUCGUCGAGGAUACCUUGUUGAACCUAGAUAUGAUAAGCACUUAUAUUAAAUAUUAGAAAUUAAAGCUCUACGGAGAUAGAUUUAAAAAUUA